UUCUUAGGCUUUAGUUGUCGUGAAACCAUUUCGGAGAAAGUGGACAGGAAUGUCAUUAGACUAAUUGGGGCGAACAAAAGAGAGUGCAAUAAUAUUGAAUAAGUAUCAGAAAUAGCUUUAAUCUUAGUCAGCAACCACUAUGAGAGAUGGUGAGAGCGUCUGCAUGAGUUAAUGAUAUUUAUCUCUUCCCUCAGCUUUCUUCUCAACAGACUUAAAUACUUCUUGAAAAGAUGGACUUCAUUCUCUGAAUCCUAGAAAAUUCCAUUUAGAAGGAGAAGAGAGAGAGAGGCAGAAGAGUUCGUCUCUGUAGCCAUUGAAACAGAGGAGUUUCGUUUAGUUUAAUCCCAAGUUAAGCUAUGGCGCUGUUCAAAGCCAUCUCUUUUCUGUUCGUUUUAUGUUUUGAGAUACAUGGAACCGCAGGUGUGGAUUUCACGUUUUCGUUUGGUGGAUUCGUGAAAUCUCAAAACAAGAGUGUUGCUAUGUUUGGAGAUUCGAAGCUGGUCAAUGACAGUUCUUCGAUUCAGCUGACUGACUCAGUGAGUGGAAGCGUAGGACGAGUCUUUUACAGGAAACCCAUCAAUCUUUUCCGAGGUAAAGAGAUUAACUUGGUUAUUUUCUCGACUUACUUCUCGUUUUCUAUGCCCAAUGACAUUGGUGAUGUCUUGGCUUUUGUAAUGACUCCAAGUACUUUGGAUCUUAGUCUGUUUGGUACGAGAGAUAACAGUUCCACUGCUUUAGGGUUUCUAUUAGAAUAUGCAAAGAACGAGACAGUUGUUGCUUUUGAGUUUGAUAUCUCCAAGAGAGGAAACCGUGCAAGAAUCUUAAUUGGUAGGCCUGAAUCUUCUAAUAUUAGAAACCUUUCGUUUGAUGGUGACUUGAUGAUGAACAAUGGAGGGACUUUGAGCUGCAUGAUUGAUUACGUGGCAAGUUAUAAGAAAAUGAUGGUUAAUUUCAGAAGAUCUGGUUCGAUAAAGGAGUACGAUCCGUUCUUCUCUUUCUCAGUAGACUUGGCGAAGCUUUGGGAAGGUGGUGAAGUCAUGGUGGGUUUAAGCUCUGCCAAUGGGAAGUCUUCCAAGGCACAUUUUCUCCAUUCUUGGAGAAUUGAAACAUGGCAGCGUCAGCCGAUGUGGCUGCAUCCAGUGCCACUUGAACAGAAUGAAGGUUUGAAGGCCGAUGUUUCCACGGAGGAGGAAGAGGGUCGAGAGAGAAGUGAGUGCACAUGGAGAAUGGUUGGUGCUUUGGUCUUGGGUGUAGUAUGUGGAGCCUUAGGGGCAAUGUUGGCUUUGUAUCUCUGGACAAUAUGCGGUGUUAGGAGGUCAAUGGCGGUGGUUCCAGAGGAAUGUGCUAUUGAACAAGGCAAGAAGUAGUGACUAGUUUGGUUUGGUGUGUGUUUUGGAAGGUUGUCUUUGUGUUGUGUGGUGGAAAUGUAGGGUCUUUGCCUUUUUCUUCGUCUUCCUCUUCCCUCUAAGUUUAUCUUAUCUUUCUUCUGUGAUGUUUCUGUUAAUUUGUCUCCUUCGUUGCAGGUUUUGCGAUGUGUUUUCACUAUGUAAAAUCACUAUGAUAAGAAGCUGUAAGCGAUCUUGCAAAAUGAACUUAGUUGUUGAUGUUGUUCUUGAUCCA